CAUGCAUUAUUACACUCCAGCCCAACAGGCGGCGGUAGUGCCCCGCAUGCUUCGAUAUGUCCGCCGCCAAAAACGCUCAUUUCACAGAAGAAAUAUUUUUCUUUUCGGAAGAAGAUCCCGACAAAGCGGCCCUAUUUCUUUUCAGCCAGAAAACAAGGCGAAGAAUCCGAAAACCGACGAUGUACGCCAGGACAAAUACCGGCAGCACACAUGGAGACUUUCAGGACAGAAACGGAGUGAAUUAUGUGACAUCGACAGAGUCUUUCGGCCACUGCUCCCAAUUGUUCUGGAAAAAGGAUCCCAACGACUCCGGACCAAGUUCGACCAUCAGCUGGUGUGAUCAGCUCCCUUCCUCUUCAGCCGCACUCUCAACCUCAAGCCUCUCCUCAGCGUCGCUCUCUAGCUCCAGUCUCUCCUUGGAAUCCCGAGCGCCAGCGCCACCACCAGCAACAACAGCGUCAGACGACAUGGAAUCGGAUGAGAGGCCGUACGUCUGCGACUUGUGCACUUGCGCCUACAAGCACGCCAGCUCCCUGCUCAACCACAAGCUCACCCACAAGACCGGGGACUUCAGGUGUGACUUUUGCAGCAAGCCCUACACCAACUACAUGUCCCUGCGUAACCAUAUGCGAAUCCACGGUCAAAAGCGCUACAUGUGCGACCUGUGCGGGAAGGCCUUCCGCCUGGCCCGGUACCUCCGCAACCACCAGAGGAUCCACGAUGACGGACCAAACCGCUUUGACUGUCCCUCCUGCUGCAAGAGCUACAGGACCAUGCUGGAGCUGGCUCAGCACCGUUGUACCGCUGCUGCGUCCAACCAGAACCGGUUCAACUGCCCGUCCUGCUUUAAGAGCUACCGAACCAUGCUGGACCUGGCCCAGCACCGCUGCAGCGCCGCGGCCAAAAACCAGUCUGGUGGCAGUCGUCGUUCCAAUUUCUCCAACAAUCCUCGCCGUCAGCAGCAGCAACAACAGCAGCAGCAGCAACAACAGCAGCAGCAGAACAAUGCCACGUCCAUGAUGCAACCGCAGCAUGGAGGACAUGGCCAGCAGGAACCUCUGCCCUCCCACUGCGUCUCCCCCAUGUCCCAGGGAGGGCAGGGCGGCGGCGUGGCCAGCCAGCCGGUGCCUGACCCGCAUCAGGUAGGGAGGAGAUAUCAGCAGGGCCGUCCCAGCUCGGUGUCGUCCCAGAGCAGCCAGCAGAGCAUGAGGAGCUCGUCCUCCAACAAACACGUCUCCUCCUCCAGCGCCACCCCGUCCUCCUCCUACUCCCUGCUCCAACCCCUGGUGCCUGAGGUAAAGGAGAUGAGCUCGGGAUACACUAGGCUGAGCGCCAACCCCAUGCCGAAGCACCAGGACACUUUCUCUCUGGCCCCCCAGCGUCCCCUCACCACCAUCAACCCCAUCAGCCACUCCCUCCAUCCGAACGGAGCGCCCACGCUCAAGCCUUCCCCCGUGCCACGCACCAUCCAGGCCAUGCCCUGGGAGCAGCGCUCUCUCUACAAUCAAUGAAACCCCCUGGGAACCAACCGCCCCCUUCACGUCACGUCCAACACCACCCCUACACACCCUCCUACUCCCCCUCCCCCCCCCUCCUCCAGACCCAGCAUCAAGGAUAGAGGACGUCAGCUGCCCCAGUCUUUGGAUGCCGGAUGCCCCCCUCUUCUGCCUCACCCCUCCUUUGGAACGUUGUGUUUGGGAAUGGGGAAGGGCACCAUUGAGAACUAGUUGAGAUUGAUUACUGAGUAGUUAGGUUUUAAAAAAAUGUGUUGCCUUGACCCUCAUGUAUGAUCUAUGCCAUGUACUGGAUAUAAGUUAAAAUGUCUGUCCUUUCACUAAGAAUUUAUCUCCCCAUCCUCGUCUCCCACUCUAGUUAUGAAAAUAUCUAUCCUUCCCAUUAUAAAUAGUGUCUCUCCCAACCCCCUCCUCCCCCACCCGCCCCCCAACCCUCUUUUCCAUAUGUUAAAUGAAAGGCUAUUUUUAUCAGGAGUGUUUUCCACCACUCGUCCAAACCCUGAACGACAAGGUCACAGGGCGCCAAUUUGUCAAAGUAAAUGUCACAGAAUUCUCCCUUCAGUCUGAUAUGUUUUUGAACAUAAAACCCAACUUGUUUUGUCAAAUGAGGCUUCUGGAAAGGAAAGGAGAAGGGGUAACAUGAACCUUUUUUUUUUGUUUUUUGUUUUUUGUUUUUUUGGUUAAACGUACCCCUUCAUCGUGCUCCAGAAUGAACAUUGUGUAUAUUGUGCGUUAGGAGGUGUCAUGACUGUUUCAGAAUGCCGUUUCCGUUCUCUCUGAUGUUACAGCGCCCACACCUCUCAUCUCAGAGCAUCAACAGCGAGGAACCUGCUGCAAAACAUUUCGAAAUGUGUGUGCCAGUUUGGCUUGUCAGCGUUUGUGAAGACUGAAGGACCUCCUCAUUACCCAGCCAGAACCACCGACCAGGACAGUUUGGCACGGUUACCUUCUUUUAACACACAACUGAAAGCUCACUUUUUUUUUUUUUUUUUUUUCUAAAACUCACAUUUGAUUGGUGGCUUGUUGUUACUGUAGUUUUAAUAAUAAUCUGUUGGCUGGGAAUCAAAUCUAGAAGAUAACAAAACAAGUCUCCAUCCCAUUUUUUUUUUGUUCCAACCUGACUGUUAACAUGUUCGUUCCUUUCACUUUAAAGCACUUUAAGACGAGUGCUGUAUAAUUAUUACUCCGCCACCCACCCACACCCCCACCCUGUAUCUAGAGCUGUGUUGACUGUGAAGAUGUAACAUUGCCUUACAUCAAAACCUCAUCACGACUCACCCAGCGGUUUACGCCAAGCAUCGCACCAUCACCAGUGACUUAGCAGCAGUCGUGUGCGACGCGGCUGCAUCUGGAAGCUACAGUGGCCAAAAUACAGUACGUGUGCAGCUCUGAACCUCCCCCUCCUCCACCCACCCACCUCCACCUCAACUCCACCACACCCUUCCAGUGUUGCUUUUCCUGUAGAGAAAACAUCACACCUGCAUCUCACUGCUCCCAGGAUGGAUUUAGUUAACACCUACCUGCAGGGUGUUUCAAUAAGCAGCCAAACACGGUUGGCCAGAUAACUCCAAAUAAAUCCGUUAUGUGACGGAUUGGACGGUCGGCCAAAAGUUCCAGGUCAACUUGAUUAAAGGGCGAGUCCGUUAUUUUUGAGUUUCUGAGGUUUUUAUAUCCUCAAAAACUCCAUAUGUAAUCAAAUCCGAAAAUUCAAAUUUUGGUGGAAGUACAUAUGUUUUAGUGUCAAAAUGCCAAUCUUCCAAGCCCUUCUAAAAACUGUUUUCCUCACGUGACCUGACGUAGGUUUCUGCAUGAUGACGUCGCUACAUAUAAACGCCCUAGCCUGCCUAUCCAGUAGCCACGGAGACGGACGGAGCGCUCACUGUUGCUGCUGCUCAGAGUUUAAAAAAAAAAACAAAAAAAACUCUGAACUCUCCUCCAACCAGUGAACAGCUCCAGAUCAGAGCAGAAUCUGUUGUGUGUCACCACCUCUGCUCCUUGGCUCUCAGCUCCGUCCGCUGCAUUUCUAAACAUCUACACACUCAGACUCAGCACUGCGACAUCGCUCGUAGUAUAUCUGGACAAUUUUUUGUGCUCUAACUUACAGUAAACAAGUAUGUUAGGAAGACACUGUCAGCAAACUGUGUGUGUGGUGGU